AUGAGGAUACGUGCUGUCCGGGCCUCUGCGCCCACAAGGGCCUUGGAAUCCAUACCAAGGACUUCAAUACACUCCCCAACUGUUUCAAAACCCCCAUCCCCACCAAAUCCAAACAAGCGCAACCUCAAAGACCUGACGCCCUCCGACCUCUGCUACUACUGGGACACCAAACCCCCAAACCCAUCCCAAUUAGCCUUCGCCGACAAAAUAUUUACACCCUCUCGCCACUCGCCCCUCAAGCUAUGGUCCGCCAGCAAGUUCCGCACAACGCCACUCUCCUCAGUCGAGCCCGAAGUCGCAUUCCUCGGUCGCUCAAAUGUUGGCAAGAGCUCGCUGCUAAACGCGAUUAUGGGCCAGGAUAUAUGCUGGACAUCCUCGAAGCCGGGUCGAACACGGGAAAUGAAUGCGUUUGGGAUUGGAGGCACGAAGGGUGGGGAGCAUAAGGUUGUACUGCUGGAUAUGCCUGGAUAUGGCAAGGCGAGUCGCGCGGAGUGGGGGAUGGAGAUUAUGAAAUAUCUCCAGGGGCGGAAACAACUCCGCCGAGCCUUCAUCCUCAUCGACAGCGAACACGGGAUCAAACAGAACGACGCCAACAUUCUAAACCUCUUCCGGCGCUAUGCGAUUCCCCACCAAAUCAUUCUUUCCAAGGUUGACAAAGUCCUUGUGAAGAAUAAGAAGCAAAUGAAAACUGGCGCGUCGGCCAUUGGUAUCCAGCGCCUCCAUGAUUUGCUGCACAAAUUAAAGCCAAAGGUCCAGCCGGACCCGAGUGCCUCGGAGGGGCCUGGUGCUCUUGGUGAGAUUUUGACGUGCAGUGCAGAUACGCCCAUAGGACCUGGCCGGGUAUUGGGUGUUGACGCAGUGCGGUGGGCUAUUUUGUCGGCGGCGGGCAUUGAUGGGAGUUUAGAGGGUGUACAGCCUCCGUCGGCUGUUUCAACUUGA